CUGCACCUUCACUGUGAGAUGCACUCCGGCAUCUGCCGAGACCAGCGUUCCCGACCUCCAGUGCUCACUUCUCAGGGUGAUUCGGCAGCCGAGUACAUUGUAAAGGUCAGCGUCGUGCCGGUCAUGCUCGCUCUCAUCAGCGGCUACCGGCAGCGGAACCGGCGGAUCCCGGCGCGUUCUGUGCUGCUCCUGUCUCUCGGCUCCGUCCUCUUCAGCUGCGUGUGCAUCUCAGCGGCGGGGUCUGUCGUCCAACGGCAGCGCCCCUCUCCACCAGCCGCCGGCGCCGGUACCGGUCUUCCCGCAGUGGUGCACAACGAGAGGGGCAAGAUCGAGCGUCGUUGCGAAGGUGACGCUCGCUCCCGCCGCUCUGCAUCAGGCACUCAGUCUGGGGGAAAUACCCCGCCGCCGUGGAAAAACGUCACCGGGAGGGUGCUGACGCCCACCCCGGCUGCCGUUCGAGUGGGCCGAGCGUUCUGGAUGACCGCGCAGCCAAUCCGUCGAUCUGACGAGGCCGUGAGAUCGCCGACGGAGAGCUCGCUGCUGAAACUCGGAGCACAGCAGACGGAGCGGGUGCCGGCUGACAGGGAGGUGGUGUCCACCAGUCGCCUGCUGCACGAGCUGAGCUCGGACAGCUCGGCUGCGGCGCUGUCCCGGUACGGUGAUCGGCCCUGGAGUGACGCCGACCUGAGCUCCCUGCUGAUCCAGCUCCAGGAGCUGGGUGGCGAGGCUGAGCUGCCGCAGCUCCGGCUCGGCUCGGUGGGCGAGUUUCGCCGCGAGCUGCGCCGCUGCAGUGCGGUUGUCACCGUCCUGGAGAAGGACCAGCUCGGCGCUAGCAGCUCGAGUCUCCAGAAGUUGUACCAGCUGCCGGCAGCCGAGGGCUGUCUGCAGCUGCUGCUGCGACUCCAGCUGCUGCCGGUGACCCGACCCAGAGCACGCGAGGCUGCGGGCACCCUGCUCGGUGAGCCCAAACGGCUGAAUCUGAUCUGAACGAGACGGUGCACCUGACCAUUCAGUGUAGCACCGCCGCACUUGACAUCUGUACAUAUCUUCUCAUUAGAAUGCUCGGGUAGAUAAUGGAUCAGUUAGGACAGAAAGAGGUCGUCCUUGCGUGGGAAUGGUUGGAUGUAGAGCUCACGCAGCCUAGAUGCAGCAGAUGUGCUCGGAUGCGCAGUUGAACGAGUUUAUAGCAUUGUGAUGCUUAUUACGAGGUGUGGCUAAAAAGAAACCGGACUGUUCGUGCUGACCAUAAAGUAGGGGGCCCGAAAACUAGCGAGACACUGGACAUUAAUCUUUAUCAUAUUGUCGUGAUGUGUGCCAUACGGCACCUCGAUAUCGCUAUUAUUCUCCUUUCCACAGCUCCUUGUUUUAUUGAUGACGCUGACGCUGGUCACUCCGGUCUGGAUGUCCUCGACUGAUUGAAAAUGGGUUUCCUUGACGACGUUUUUCAUUUCAGGGAACAGCCAAAAGUCACAGGGAGCCCGAGGUUUGGCAAAUAAGGGGGUGCUUGAGCACCGCGACCUGCUUUUCGGCAACGAACUGCUGGACGCUAAUGGCAGAAUGCGCGGGAGCAUUGUCGUGAUGGAGCACCCAGUUCUUGGCUUCCCAGAAACUCCACUUGGUGCGCGUGACUCGUGAAAUGAGGCGUCCCAGGUCUUCCUUGUAGAAGUGGCUGGUCGACUGUGGUACACCUCCAGCACGAACUGGCGGUGAACGAAUCCCCGAUGAUCGAAAAAGACGAUCAAUGUCAUCUCCACUCUCGACUUCGACAUGCGCGCGGACGUUGAUGGACCUCCAGACCUUGGGGUCAUCACCGACAUCCUCACGACCAGUGCUGAACCUCGUAUGCCAUUCAAACACUUGCAUGUAACACAUGACUUGCUCCCCAUUAACAGCCUUGAACAGAUUCAGCGUCUCUGUUGGACUUUUCUCCAGUCUGGCAAGGAACGUGAUGUUCCCUCUUUUUUCGAAAUUCAUUGUAGAAGCCUGGCGAUGACAAGGCCGCCGAACAUCGAUAGAACAAAGACCUGUAGAAAAGAGAAUUAUUGCGACAUCGAGAUGCCGUUUGGCACACAUCACGACAAUAUGCUGAAGAUUAAUGCCAAGUGUCUCGCUAGUCUUCGGGUCCCCUAGUUUAUGGGCAGCACGAGCAGUCCGGUUUCUUUUUAGCCACACCUCGUAUUGUGUGUUGUUGUUAUUGUAUACGUAAAUUUAUGACUUACGACGAAACUUGUUAAAUGUUACGCAUGAAUUAUGCAAUAAACGUCAUAUAUUUUAC